UACGCCAAAUAUUACUCCAUACCAUAUCUUAUAAAUUAAAUAAAGAACCUGUACUUUGCUCUCUUAAAAACUCGACACAUGCUGUAUAUAAUUUCUUGGAGAUUAACAAAAUACAACCUUCAAGUUAAAUCUGAAAUCUCAUUUUUUUUUUCUCUCACAAUUUCUCUUAUUAUACAUCUCUCUCUCUCUUCUGUCUCUGUCUCCAUGAGCUCUAUUGCUUCUUCUUCAUAUAUUUCAUCUUUAAGGCCAUGAAGAAACACCCUAAACCGUGUAGUUUCCUUUUCCACAUCUUUAUACUCUCUUUGCUAUUUGUCUUUCUUCUUGUUUCUUUUGCACAUACGACCUCGUACAAGCGUAAAGCCGGCACUGGUCUCGGUCAUAAGAGAAUUCUAGCAAGUAAUUUUGAUUUUACUCCGUUUUUCAAGAACAAAGAUCGUACUCAACGUCAGCGUAGAAGCUCGACCGAAAAAGAAACUGAAUCUUGGUAUAAUGAUGAGGACCGGAUCGUACCUAGCGGUCCAAACCCUUUGCAUCACUAGCUAAAAGGGUUUUAAAACUUUAUUUGAUUCAAUAGGUUUUUGUUGUUUUUUGAAUAAUAUAUUGUUGACUACUACAUACAUGACCGUGGAUCAUGAAUCUAUGUUGUGAAGUGCAUUAGAUUGAUGUAACCAUUAUAUUUGUGUA